UUGGGGGAACUUCAAUAUAAAUACAUGCACUAUAGCUACAUUGCGAAAUGAUCGCCACCAUUGUCGCUCCUUUACCUACUUCUCUUUUAGAGUACUUGUUCCUCCUGGUUUGUGUUUUCACCAACUUAAAUCUGCUCCUUUGUGUUCUCCAAGAGCCAAGUUCAUGGCACACACUCUUGGCUUUACUCAGCCAGCCAACAUCCAACACCCCAAGAUCUCUUUUGCUGCAAAAGAGAUCGAUGUGGCAGAAUGGAAAGGGGACAUACUUGCAGUUGGGGUCACUGAAAAAGACAUGUCCAAGGAUGAAAAUUACAAGUUUCAAAACUCAAUUUUGAAAAAAUUGGAUGGCCUGUUGGGUGGUAUGUUAGCUGAGGCCUCUUCUGAGGAGGAUUUCACCGGGAAAGCUGGCAAGUCUAUGGUUCUUCGACUUCCCAGCUGUGGCUCCAAAAGGGUUGGUUUGAUUGGUCUUGGAAAGACAGCUUCAUCUCCAGCUUCUUUUCAAAGGCUUGGUGAAGCUGUUGCUGCAGCCGCAAAGACUGCGCAAGCCAAUAGUGUGGCUAUCGUUCUAGCUUCUUCCGAAGGCCUCUCAAAUGAGUCAAAGCUGAGUACUGCUUCGGCAAUAGCAUCUGGGACGGUGUUGGGCAUAUAUGAAGACAGUAGAUACAAGUCGGAGCCAAGGAAACCAAAGCUUAAUUCUGUGGAUAUUAUUGGUCUUGGAACUGGACCGGAGUUGGAGAAGAUGCUCAAGUAUGCUGAAAAUGUUUCUUCUGCUAUAAUUUUUGGAAGAGAGCUUGUGAAUUCACCAGCAAAUGUACUUACCCCUGCUGCACUAGCAGCAGAGGCUUCAAAUAUUGCUUCCUUGUACAGUGAUGUUCUAUCUGCAAACAUAUUGAGCGCUGAGCAGUGCAAGGAAUUGAAGAUGGGAUCUUACUUGGGAGUUGCUGCUGCAUCUGCAAAUCCCCCUCAUUUCAUUCAUUUGUGUUACAAACCCUCCAGUGGACCUAUUAAAACCAAGUUAGCAUUAGUUGGAAAAGGAUUGACUUUUGACAGUGGUGGCUACAAUAUCAAGACUGGAGCUGGUUGCUCCAUUGACAUCAUGAAAACUGACAUGGGAGGUUCUGCAGCAGUUCUUGGUGCAGCAAAAGCCCUUGGGCAAAUCAAACCUCCUGGAGUAGAGGUUCAUUUUAUUGUUGCAUCUUGCGAAAACAUGAUAAGUGGAACAGGUAUGAGACCCGGAGAUAUUAUCACAGCUUCAAAUGGAAAGACAAUUGAGGUUAAUAACACUGAUGCAGAAGGCAGGCUUACACUUGCAGAUGCUCUGGUAUAUGCUUGCAAACAGGGUGUUGACAAGAUAGUUGACCUUGCAACACUAACUGGAGCUUGUAUAGUUGCUCUUGGACCCUCCAUUGCAGGUGUUUUCACACCCAGUGAUGAUCUGGCAAAGGAGGUAUUCGAAGCUUCAGAGGUCAGUGGUGAGAAAUUUUGGAGGAUGCCACUAGAAGAAAGCUAUUGGGAGUCGAUGAAAUCAGGAGUUGCUGAUAUGGUAAAUACCGGUGGUCGUCAAGGUGGCGCUAUUACUGCUGCUCUGUUCUUAAAACAGUUUGUUGAUGAAAAAGUACAGUGGAUGCACAUCGACUUGGCUGGCCCCGUCUGGAAUGAUAAGAAGCGGGUAGCAACAGGAUUUGGCAUUGCGACUUUGGUGGAAUGGGUUCUGAAAAACUCAUCUUAAUGAAAAGCUUGGAGCAUGCUGUAGCAGUGACAAUGAAGAUGGAGGAAAGAGGAGAAUAAAACUUUUCCCAGGUUGUCGGUCUUUGAGAUAUGUUUGAUGAACAAAAAUGUAUGUUGUGAUUAAGGGAAAGAAGGGAAGUGAGAUGGUUUUGUUUUUGAGGUUGUUGCAGACAGUGAGAUUGUAGAACUAUUCCAUGCUCUUUUUAUUGUUUAAAAAAGGAGAAGCCCUUCAAAAUCUAUAUUGCUUCUUCAUUUCUAUCAAUAAACCUUUUGCUCUUUAGGUCUGCUUUUGUAA